AUGUUUGGCUAUGGAUACGGUGGUGGUUACAUACAACAAGGAUACGAGCAGGAACGUAUGGGUUUUGGUCCACAAGGAUACGGAGUCUAUGAACAAGGGAUGGAGGUGAACCGAAAUCUUUAUAAUGGAGCAGCGACUGUCGUACAUGAAAACGAAUUCAUACCAAUGGGCGGCAUGGGAUAUGGAGGAUUCGGAUAUGGAAGUCCUUAUGGGUAUCCAUUCUACUAA